CGCUAACGAACACCGGCUUUGCCUCUCACUAUGGUUGCUCGGAUAGCUCGGUCCGGGUGGUCAUGGGGCUCUUGGGGCCGCCGCGCCGCCUCGACCCUCCGGGAGCCGCCGCCGGACGCCGUGGACGUGGCGGAGCUGCUGCGGGAUGCCAGCACGGCCGAGCAGGGAGCCCCGGAGGCGGUGGCGCGGCGGCCGCCCGCGCGCUGCUCCGUGCUGCUCUUUCCGGGCCAGGGCUGCCAGGCGGUCGGCAUGGGUGGCGGCCUGCUCCGCUUCCCGCGCGUGCGCCAGCUCUACGAGGCUGCACACCAGGUGUUGGGCUACGACCUGCUGGAGCUGUGUCUCCACGGGCCUCAGGAGGACCUGGACCGCACGGUGCAUUGCCAGCCCGCCGUCUUCGUGGCCUCGCUGGCCGCCGUGGAGAAGCUACAUCACCAGCAGCCGGCGGUCAUCGAGAACUGUGUUGCUGCAGCUGGAUUCAGCGUGGGAGAGUUUGCAGCCCUCGUGUUUGCUGGAGCCAUGGAGUUCUCUGAAGGUCUGUAUGCAGUGAAGGUCCGAGCUGAAGCCAUGCAAGAAGCAUCUGAAGCUGUUCCCAGUGGGAUGCUGUCAGUCCUCGGCCAGCGUCAGUCCAACUUCUCCUUUGCCUGCAUGGAAGCCCGGGAGCACUGCAAAUCUUUGGGCAUAGAGAACCCGGUGUGCCAGGUGUCCAACUACCUCUUUCCUGACUGCAGGGUCAUCUCAGGACACCUUGAGGCCCUGCAGUUUCUCCGGAAGAAUUCUGCUAAGUAUUACUUCAGGCGCACCAAGAUGCUGCCGGUGAGUGGAGGCUUCCAUACCUGCCUCAUGGAGCCAGCCGUGGAACCCCUGGUGAAAAUUCUAGGCACGAUUGACAUAAAAAAGCCACUGGUUUCUGUCCAUGCCAAUGUCAGUGGGCAUAAAUACAUGCAUCCCGAACACAUCCGGAAGCUGUUGGGGCAGCAGGUGGUGUCUCCAGUGAAGUGGGAACAGACGAUGCAUGCUAUCUAUGAGCGGAAGAAGGGCACGGAGUUCCCUAGCACCUUUGAGGUGGGCCCCGGGCGGCAGCUGGGAAGCAUCCUGAAGAACUGCAACAGGCAGGCCUGGAAGUCCUACAACCACGUGGAUGUGAUGCAGAGCAGCACAGACCCUGACCACUCGGAGCUUGGGUGGAAUGGCCCCCAGGUGUGAGCCCCUGUGCCUGCCUCUUUUCCUCAGACUCAACACUGGUCACUGCCAUGUUGGCUGUGGCUAAGGCUUCCCUCAGGGCAUAGCCCUUGAGUGCCAGUGUUGUGACUGAGCCCAUCUUCCACCUGAGAAGAUACCCGGCUGCUGGGGAAAGAGUUCCUGAGCAGACUGUCUGCCCAGCCAGCACGCUGCUCCGCCUCUGCACCCAACCGUGCCUCUCAGUGACGACAGGGAUGGCUAGCCUGGAGCAGCCUUACACCUGCCCCGUGGGUGCUGUGGACACAUGGCUUAGCUUCUCGCCAGGCCUGUUGCAGCACCUAUGACAUGCUCACCCUGGGCCAAGACCUUAGUUCCUUUGGCCUUGAGUCUGUUUGGUGUCUUUGGCAGCCACUUUGUCCUCUCCUCACUUUACAGUGGGGCGAUUGAGUCUCCUAUGCCGAACAUAUCCAAGAAGCACAUAUUAUGUGCCUGCUGUAUGCCCUAUACUGCGUGGUCCCUUGUAGAAAAACUUGGAGCUCAGUGUAAGGUGUGGUAUUGUGUCUGGGCAGGAAGGCUGCCUGAGGCCCCUGACCUCCCUAGGCCAGCCCCAGUUCAUCUACACUGACUCCCACCACCACCAAGUUGUCCAUGGGACAGUGGUCACUGUGUUCUCAGCUGCGUCUAUGGCUUCCCUGGGAGCGCAGCCUGCUCCACAGCUGGAGAGGAGUAAGGCUUCUGGGGAGACACAUAAUAAACGUGAGCCAUUCUAA